AUGUCUUCUGCCAUCAAUGUGCCCUUUGCCAGGAAGGACGUGAGAUUCGCCGGAGUAUUCCUCAUCCUACGUUUAUUGCUCAGCCUCUUCUGGACAUGAUUCCUCCUGGGGAGCAAACCAUGGGUGGCCGAGCCUGAUUGCAUCUGCUUCAAGCCUGCCCGCUAAUGAAACGGCUUUACCCUGUGUGUUGUUAUCAAUGCUAUAUAAUGCUUUAGGAUGAUAUGUUGAAACUUUAUAUCCUAUCCUAAAAAAAAGAUGUUAAACUUUACCAAAUCAUCUAUACUUGCCAUCAGAGAAGUGAAUGCAUGGUGUUGUCAAUCAAGCGAAAAUAUGAUGAGGGCAGUGUACAGUGUUAACCUUUCCGUUGUUUUUGAUGGGAGAGCUCUGGCUGCGGAUUGGGGCAUUCUUCGUCGUCGUUUUUCUGACGGCAAUACCAAAGACUAUGACCUCUUCUUCGUCUCCUCUUCCCCAUUCCACUCAGAUACAAAUUCAUUGGUUUCAAUUCACCCUCUUCCUCCAUCCAUCUCUGUAUCUCCUUCUACGAUUCCGAUUUUUGAUCUUUCUACGAGGAAUUCUGGGAUGGUGAACGCCAGCACCGAUGAUCAUCACGAGGAGUCUGGCCCUCUAUUGAGCAAGCAGGUUGAAGAAGAUGGGAGCAAAAGGAGUUGCAACGACAAAGGCAAUCAGCCCAAGAAGGGGAAAGUGGAUGCAGCACCGGAUUUGCGUGAUCUUUCGGUGGAAGUUGGGAAUGGUUUGACCGCCGAACGGCUUUCGUUGGGUCACGGGAACGUGGUGGGCGAGCCGAGGACUCGGGAACAGUGGGACUCCGGCCUCUUCGGUUGUCUUUACGAGUUUUGCAGCAGCGAGUCAGAAGUUUGUUUCCUUGGAAGCAGGGCCCCAUGUGUGCUGUAUGGAAGCAAUGCUGAAGGACUUAUAUCUGGUCCUCAGACCUUUCGAAAUCACUGCUGGUUAUACUGUGGUCUGUGCCUGAUUGGUAAUACGUGUUUCUUCCUGUGUCUCCAUCCGUGCAAACUCCCUUGGCUCUGGCUCCGCCUCGCACCACGCCUUUCAUUUCUCCCUUGCCUCUGCCUCGCACCAUGCUUUUCAUUUCCUAAUCGUUCUGCCCUGCGGCGGAAGUUUAACCUGGAGGGCGGCUGUGAGGCACUUAAUAGGUCGUGUGGCUGCUGUGGGAGCUGUUUGGAAGAUGAGGUGCAACGUGAACAGUGUGAAUCAGCUUGUGACUUAACAACGCAUGUCUUCUGCCAUCAAUGUGCUCUUUGCCAGGAAGGACAUGAGAUUCGCCGAAGGAUUCUUCAUCCUGGGUUUAAUUCUCAGCCUCUUAUGGAAAUGAUUCCUCCUGAGGAGCAAACCAUGAGCCACUGAGCCUGAUUGCAUCUGCUACAAGCCUGCCUGCUAAUGAAACAGCUUUGCCCUGAAUGUUGUUAUCAAAGCCAUAAAAUGCUCUAGAAUGAUACGUUGAAACUUUAUUCCUAUCUUAAAAAAUGACGUUAAACUUUACCAUAUCAUCUGUACUUACCAUCGGAGAAGUGAAUGCUGGGUGUUGGCAAUCAAGCGAAAAUAUGAUG